CUUUUUUCCCCCUUUCUUGUGUCGUGUGCCAAGAAGGAACGCAACAGUGGCAGGCAACGUCUCUACAACUCCCCUUGGUUUUUGGUCUUCGCAUCCCGCUUCCCGUUUCGCCUUUGGACUGAGUGUUUUGUGCUGCCCGGACAACUUGUUCUGCCAUCAUGAGCGACCAGGUGAAUGAUAUCCCCGUGCCAAGCGAGCCUGUGCAGGAUCCCCUGCCACAGGAAGUUCCCGAGCCCGCCCCCAUGACCUACGCCGAGGCCUUCCCCAGCCUCGGUGGCAGCAGCGCCGCCCCUGCUCGUCGUGCCCAGGGCCAGCGUCCUCGCAUUCGCGCCGUCCAGCCUCGCAAGACAACCACCACCGCGGUUGUUGAGAUCCCGAAGGAGGAGCAGCGCUUCUCUGCCACGGAGAAGAGCCGUGGCGGCAGCCGCAACCGCGUCGAGCGCUUCGUCUCUGAGAUUGCCGUCAAGCACCGCGUGCAGAUCAAGCAGCACGUCAACCGCGCCGGCUCGCUCGUUGUUCGCAUCGAGGGCAAGCCCGACGCCGUGGUUGAGGCCAAGAAGCAGGUGCUCUCGCGCCUGCAGACCCAGGCCAGCAUCGAGAUUGACAUUCCCAAGGAGCACCACCGCUACAUCAUCGGCCCGGAAGGAUCCAACCUCAAGGCGCUCUCUGCCAAGUACGCCGUGCGCGUCUUCAUGCCCAAGAACAAUGAGGCCUCGCAGACGAUCAAGAUUGUUGGCACCGCCGUGAACUGCCGCAAGGCUGCCCAGGACAUCCAGCACAUCUCCUUUGAGCGCGCCAAGACGGACCACCGCAAGCUGCAAAUCUCCAAGGCCUACCACCCGCUGGUCGCCGGCCCCGGCAACGCCACCAUCAAGCGCAUCAUGGAGCAGACGGGCGUCAAGAUCCACGUGCCCCCGCCGGCCGUGGAGAAGGACGAGGUGACGGUGACCGGCGAGCGCGCCGCCGUGGCCCGCGCCUGCGACGAGCUCAUGCAGAUCUACAACGACAAGCGCGAGUCGUGCGGCGAGCUCACGGCCGAGAUCCCGCGCACGCAGCACCGCUUCCUCAUUGGGCCCAAGGGCGCCAACCUGCGCGAGAUCAACGAGAAGACGGGCGUCGUGGUGGAGGUGCCCCACCCGGACAAGGACGACAACACCAUCAUCCUGCGCGGCGAGCGCGCCAACCUGGUGCAGGCCCUCACCCUCGUGUACGAGUUUGCCAACAAGAUUGUGGUGAAGAAGCUCUCCGUGCCGCAGUGGCUGCACAAGCACGUGCUGGGCAAGAAGGGCGAGAACGCGCGCAAGCUGCGCGAGGAGCGGCCCAAGGUGCACAUCCAGUUUCCAAAGGAGGGCGACGAGAUUGAGAUUGAGGGUCCCCCCGAGGACGUCGAUGUGGUCCGGGACAGCCUGCGCGCGCUCGCCGAUGAGCUGCAGCGUACCCUGACCUUUUCCGACGUCCGCGUGGAGCCCAAGUACCACCCGUACAUCAUUGGCCAGAGCGGCUCGACCAUCAACGAGAUUCGCGCCAAGAGCGGCGCCACCAUCGACAUUCCCGCCAACAACUCGGGCUCCGACCGCGUGCGCGUGGAGGGCACGCCCGAGGCCGUGGCCAAGGCUGUCUCCCUCGUCAGCGACAUGGCCACCAAGCUGCGCAACCAGAAGACGGACAAGGUCAGCGUGCCCAGCAACCUGCACUCGCAGAUUAUCGGCGCCGGCGGCGACGGCCUGCGCAAGCUGCUGCAGGGCUACGACUCUGUGUCGCUCAACUUCCCCGACCGCGGCUCGGACUCUGAGGAGAUUCUCAUCCGCGGCGACAAGAAGCAGGUGGACGCCGUGAUUGCCGCCAUCAAGGAGCGCGUGCGUGACAUUGAGGCCAGCAACUACUCGGACACGGUGCACGUCUUCCGCAAGUUCCACCCGGACAUUAUCGGCAAGGGCGGCGAGACGAUCAACCGCAUCCGCAACGAGACCAACACGCGCAUCAACGUGCCGGCUGCCGAGGAGGAGAACGACUACAUCACCAUUGUCGGCUACAAGCAGGACGUGGAGAAGGCCAAGCAGGCCAUCCUCGACAUCCAGCAGAAGGUGGGCAAGAUUGUGACGGAGACGAUGGAGGUUGACUCCAAGUACCACCCCACAAUCCGCGGCACCCAGAACCGCAUCCAGCAGAGCCUGGAGUCUGAGCUGAGCGUGCAGAUUACCGUGCCCAUGGCCAAGGAGAAGAGCAACACCGUCACCAUCCGCGGCCCCUCGGAGUCUGUUGCCGAGGCCAAGAAGGCGAUUCAGCGCCUGGCCUGCGACGAGGCCCUCAACAGCACCACGCUCGAGUUCACCGCCCCGCACAAGUACCACCGCCACCUCAUCGGCCAGCGCAGCGCCACCCUGAAGCGCCUGGUGGAGGAGUCUGGUGUCAUCCGCCUCGUGUUCCCGCCAGCCCGCGCCAAGAAGGACAAGGACCUCGUGCUUGCCAUCGGCUCCAAGGACGCCUGCGAGAAGGCCAAGCAGCUCGUGCACGACCGCGUGCAGGAGCUCGAGAAGGUCGUCACGGAGGUUGUCAUCAUCGACCCCAAGUUCUACUCCGCCCUUCGUUCCCGCCAGUUUUCCCGCCAUCUUGGCGAGUCGAACAACGUGUCCAUCCGCUUCCCGCGCAACGCCGAGGAUGCCGAGGUUGUUGACGACAAGGUUGUCGUGCGCGGCCCCCGCGAGGGCGUUGCCACCGCCAUUGAGAAGCUCAAGGCCCGCGUCGACGAGCUGGAGCGCAGCGUGACCAAAGAGAUGCCUGUGAAGCCGAGCAGCAUCCCCAGCAUCAUGGGCUCUGGCGGCAGCAACGUGCAGAAGGUGUGCGCCGACUUUAGCGUGGACAUUGACGUGCCGAGCCGCGAGGACCGCGACCAGGCUGAGGGCGAGGUGAACCUCAAGGUGACGGGCCUGCCCGAGAACUGCGACGCCGCGCUCGCUGCGCUGCAGGAGCUGGUGCCCAUUGAGGAGGAGAUUGAGGUCCCCCGCAACCUGCACCGCUUCAUGAUCAUCGACAAGGAGAAUGGCAUCCGCGCCAUCCAGGCCGAGCACAAGGCCCGCAUCGACAUUCCCCGCGCCGAGGAGGAGAGCGACAAGAUUGUCAUCCGCGGCCUUGCCCCACAGGUCGCCGCCGCCAAGGCUGCUCUCGAGGCUAACAUGCAGAUCUUCAAGGAUGCGCUUCGCAAGACCUUCUCGAUGACGAUGGAGGUGCACCCCGAGUUCCACACGGAUCUGAUUGGCAAGCGUGGCGCCAACGUCAACGCCCUGCGCAAGAAGUUUGAUGUGCGCAUCGACUUCCCCCGCAAGGGCGGCAACACGGGCCUUGAGCCCAACGAGAUUCGCCUCACGGGCUUUGAGGAGGACUGCAAGGCGUGCGCCGAUGACAUCACCGCCACCGUUGAGACGCUCAAGUCGCACGUGGUGAAGGAGAUUGACAUCCACCAUGCUGUGCAUGGCAAGAUUAUUGGCCCCCGCGGCUCCGGUGUGCGCAACCUGCAGGAAACGUAUGGCGUGCGCAUCAACUUCCCUGCCGAUAAGUCGUCUGAUGUUCUGACGGUGACUGGUCCCGAGGAUAAGGUGGACGAGUGCAUCGACCAGCUCUUCCUCGUCCAGGAGGAGAACGAGGAUCUGAUUGAGGACUACCAGGAUGUUGGCCGCCACGCCGCUCCUUCCCGCCCCAAGAAGCAGAACAAGCCCAAGGAUCAGGCCUUCCAGGUGCGCGAUGCGCCCUGGCAGGGGUCGUACCCGACACUUGAAGCCCAGCAGGCCCAGCAGCCGCCACAGCAGCACCCAACCGCACAGGGCCCCACCCUCAUGGGCGCCUGGGCUCGCAAGUGAUUUGCCUUGCACACCUGCUCGGCUCUUGUGUUUGAGCCUUAGCUUGUGUUGGUGAUGUCUUCCCUUUGCGUUUCUGCCUGCGUUCCACUGUGGGAAUGGUCUGACACACACACACACACAUACACGCCCACUCCUGCGUCCUGUUCUGUCGUUUCGACCAAUCAACCAUCCCCCUUCCUCUCUCCCUCCCUUUUGCCAUGCAUGUGCUUCUUCUCCCUCGCACUCCCCUUUCUCCUUUGCAGUUGACAUGUGUGCCAACACUGCCCACCCAUGAGCCACUGGCUGUGCAUGUGCGUGUAGUUGUGUGCGGUUUUGUCGCUGUGUUUCCCUCUUCACGUUGUGUGCUUGCUUGCGUGCUGCUGUAGUUCCUCCCCUGAACACACAAGCAAGUCUCAGAGAAACCAAGCCCAAGAAUUGC